AAAAAAUGUGAAAGACCUCCCAGCACAGUCUGACAAGGUUGCAGAGCGUCGCAAACACACUUUCCCUCCUGCUACAGCUGACCAUAGUGAACAGGGUGAUCCUUCAAGGCUUAAGAUGCCACUUUCAAGCAGCUCCACGUCCUCCACCAAGACUCUCCGCAGAGCGACGUCCGAGCUGGAGAGGUCGGAUUCUAUCACGCUAUGUUGUAGGAUUUACCUCGAUUGUAUUGCUGUUCCAAUGCGCAUUUGGAGAUGUAAAGUGUUCCCGUCAAAUACCGAAAGAGACAUCCUAAAAUCUCAGAAAUUCAUCGGCAGACGGCAGAGUUUGAUCGAUGAUGCGCGGAAGGAGCGGGAAGCGGCGGCGGCAGCGGCGGAAUCAGCGGAGGCCACGGAGCAGAUCGUGUUUGAGGAGGAGGACGGAAAGGCGCUUCUCAACAUCUUCUUCACUUUGAGGAACUCGAAAUCACCUGCGCUUUCGAGGACACUCAAAGUCUUCGAGACAUUUGAAGCAAAAAUUCACCACUUGGAGACUCGACCGUCCAGAAAGCUGAGGGAAAACCUUGAGGGCCUGGAGUACUUUGUUCGCUGCGAGCUGCAUCUCUCAGACGUCAGUACUCUGGUCAGCUCUAUUAAGAGAAACGCAGAGGAUGUCAAAACCACCAAAGAAGUCAAAUUUCACUGGUUCCCAAAGAAAAUUGCAGAUCUGGACAGAUGUCAUCAUCUGGUCACAAAAUUCGAUCCUGACUUAGAUGAAGACCAUCCUGGCUACAGAGACCCCACCUACAGACAGAGAAGAAAACUGAUCGGGGACAUUGCUUUCACAUACAAACAGGGGCAGCCAAUUCCCAGAGUGGAGUACACAGAGGAGGAGAUUGGCACAUGGCGUCAAGUCUAUUCGACGCUUAGGGACUUGUACACCACCCAUGCCUGCAAAGAACACCUGGAGGCCUUUCGUCUGCUGGAGAAGCACUGCGGCUACAGUCCAGACAACAUUCCCCAGUUGGAAGAUGUGUCACGCUUCCUUAAAGAACGCACAGGGUUUCAGCUGCGUCCGGUGGCAGGUCUGCUCUCAGCCAGAGACUUUCUGGCAAGUCUGGCAUUUCGCGUGUUCCAGUGCACCCAGUACAUCCGACAUGCUUCAUCCCCUAAUCACUCCCCAGAACCCGACUGCGUCCAUGAACUGCUGGGCCAUGUCCCUAUGUUGGCUGAUCGCACUUUUGCCCAGUUUUCACAGAACCUUGGUCUGGCAUCGCUUGGGGCAUCAGAUGAAGACAUAGAGAAACUGUCUACACUGUACUGGUUUACAGUCGAGUAUGGCCUCUGUAAACAAAACGGUGAGAUUAAGGCUUAUGGGGCUGGACUGCUUUCUUCCUAUGGAGAGCUGGUGCAUUCUCUCUCUGACGAACCGGAGGUGCGGGAGUUUGAUCCAGAUGCUGCAGCAGUGCUGCCCUAUCAAGACCAGACCUACCAGCCUGUCUACUUUGUUUCUGAGAGUUUUCCAGAUGCCAAAGAGAAAUUCAGGGCAUAUGUAGCAGGUAUCAAGCGUCCUUUCUCAGUCAGAUAUGAUCCGUACACGUGCAGCGUCGAGGUCCUGGACAACCCAUUGAAGAUCCAAGGAGGAUUGGAAGGUUUGAAAGAUGAGAUCAAGGUGCUGACAGAUGCCCUCACUGUUUUGUCAUGAUGACAGCCUCCGCCUGUUGUUUAUUUCCUCUCUGCUGAGCUCGUCAGUGUCCAUAGUGUGACGAGGCAAACAGUAUAUUCAUAUGUAAAACCCGUAUGAUGCCGAGUUGUUGCUGUGUGUGUGUAUGAAAAGCUCCAACGAUGUUGAACGCUUUGACCGGUUUGAAUGCAUUUGUGAAAUGAUGUAAUGUAGUUCUACUUGACUGGAAAAUUCACGCUUUAAUAAGGAAAUGUAAUAAAAUGUGCUAACAUUGGAGCCACAAUCAUAGGGAGCUGUAUUUAUGAAUGUAAUAAAUAAGAAACUCUUAAAACUUAAAAUUAAGUAAAUGUAAUAGUUUAGUGGAGAUUGUACAUUUUAGUCAUUUAUUUUACCAAAAACAUUUAUUUAAAUAUAUUGUAAGUGCUUCUUACAUUAUAUAUUUUUAUGUAUUCGAAUAGGUGUUUGCAAAUUAAUUCAUGUCAUAUUGUCCUGUAUUUGCUCUUUUUGGUUUUACAUUCAAAAGGCAUGAUAGACAAAAGUAAAAAAAAAGAUACAUCUAAUAAGUCUUGCAAAUAGGCAUUGUUAACUAACUGUUGUUAGUUCCCUUGUUUUUUGCACUGUAUAUACUGUCAAAAAAUAAAUUAUUUAAACAAA